AUGGAAAGUAAAACUUUACCAAGUUUAUUACAUACAAAUAAAACACACGUAGGUGCAGUUGAAAUGAGUCCUUGGAUGUACCCUUACAUGUUAGGCUAUCGAGACAAAGUACCUUUUUUAAAUGUUGAGGAAACUCUAAUUGGAACUCAAAAAGCUUUAGUAUUUUUAAAAAGUGUACGUGAGAAAAAAGGUGAAAUAUUAAUUGUAAAUACACAUCCUGCUUUUAGUAAAGUAGUAAAAAAAACUUCUACAAUACUAGGUAUACAUUAUGUGAAUGAACAUUGGAUUGGCGGUUUAUUAACAAAUUGGCAACAGUUAAAAUACUCAGUACAUGCCUACAAAAAGUUUAAUAGUUUUAUUUCACCAAUAAUAACUAAAGAUAUUGUGGCUUUUCCUAAAUAUACAAAAGCAAAAAAACGUUUUGACGGUAUUCAAAAUAUGGUGUUUAAACCUGAUGCUAUUAUUUUACUUCAAGCAACUACAGCACAUAAAAGUAUUAUUGAAGAAGCGAAACGUCUAAAAAUCCCUGUUAUAGCUUGUGUUGAUUCAUCUUCACCAACAGUUAGUGUUGAAUAUCCAAUUCCGAUUAAUACGUAUUCUAAAGCAUUUUGUCACUUUUUAUGCAGACUAUUAGUUAAAAUUUGCUAA